AUGCGCGAGCCCUCAGCCAAUCAGAGCCGGGCGGGAGGACGCCGGCGCAGGCGCGCUGCGAGGCUAGGCCCGCGAUCAGGGAAGCGCUCCCUCACCUCUCCCCGGUCCAAACAAAACAAGGGCGGGAGCGCGCGCACGCGCGCGCCAGAGGGCCCCGGAGGCGGCUUCCACCAGAAGGGCAGGGGGGAGCGGCGUCGGCGCCCCGGGCGAGCGGUCUCUGCCGCCCGCCUUCGGGGUCCAGCGGGCCUGCGCCCGCUGCCCGUCCGCCCGUUCUGUCCCGCGUUACCUCUGCGCUCCCCCCUUCCUGGCGCCCGCGUGCUGCGAGGCUUCUCGGCUCCGCUCCCGCCGCCGCUCGCCGCCUCCGCCACCGCUGUCCUCCAGGCCCAGCCGCCGAGCUCUGCCGCCCCGCCCCCCUGCUCGCGGCCCCGCGCGCGCGCCCAUCCCUCACGCCGGCCCCGCCCCUCCCCUGCGCGCGCCGGCGGCCGCGCCCCCAACAGCCCGCGGGCGCGGAGGGAGCGCGCGAGACUCGUCUCCCCGUGGUCGGGCGCGCGGGGGCGCGAGAAGGCGGGCGGGGCCGGCGCGGGGGACGCCGGGGCGGCGCUGAGUGUCCGCGCGCCUUACGCCUGCGCCCCUCGGGUGGCUCCAGUCUUCUUGGCUGGCGUGGCUUCGGUGUCCUCGGGUUCCGUCCCUGAGUUUCGACUUCGGCUCCCCGUCUGCCUUUGGAGGGGAUUGGCCUUUCCCGCUCCCGAGUUGAGCACAAGAACGACCCCCUUCUUUGAAGACGACGAAAUGAUUAGAAACCCAGAGAGCGGAGAGUGUGCAGUUACCUCACGUUCGUUCCUAAGAAGUCUCCUCACAGGACGCAGGAAUGCCUCACGAAAAGAACUGUAG